AUUAAGUGCGUUUCUUCCUAUAAUGCAUCGUAGAUAUUUAUCUGUGGCUUCAAUACAAUGUGAUUAGAAAAGUCCGCAGAAAGGAGGUAAUUAUUUUUCCGUUAAACUUUAAAGUACUCAAAGCGUCGGGAAGCGCGGGAAUUAAAAUGUAUGAUGAGUCUACUCAUGUCUACUUCAAACUCCCACAAGAUGUCGCUGGAGACCGUCGGUACAUUUUUACAGCCCGUCUAAAACUCCACCUUUGCACGGCGGAGCGAAAACACCAAUUGGUUAUUCGUUCGCAGAGCCUGUCCGAUUGUGCCGUGGUAAAAAAAAGAGUUGCUGUUGAUGAUGGUAUUUCUACUGACGAGGGAGAUAUAUCACACUUACUGGAUCAACUCGAAUACAAGGAAUUCUGCGUUCAUUGUUCAAAAUGGGGAACGAGAAAUGCUCCUGGAUAUGUUGGAUUAUGCUGCUUUGUCUUUGUGAAUGCGGUGCUUCGCAUUUAUCUUACACCAUUUCCGAGGAGGUGAACAAAGGGACCUUGCUGGCCAAUAUCGCAAAGGAUCUGAACGUAGAUGUGCAAGAACUGGAGGACCGAGAUUUGAACAUUCUUUCGAGUAACAGUAAGAAAUAUUUUGACGUAAACUUAGGGACAGGAGAUAUAUUUGUUAACGACAGGAUCGACAGAGAGGAGCUAUGUUCAAACACCGAACGAUGCUCUCUACGAAUACAGGCAGUUUUGUUGAACCCGAUGGUUGUACACCGCAUUGAAGUGAACGUUUUAGAUAUAAAUGACAACUCGCCCGACUUUAACGAGAAUUUGUAUUUUCUAAACAUCUCUGAAUCCGUGUCACCGGGAGAGCGCUUUCUUCUGCCGGUCGCAGAAGAUGCAGACAUGGGGAACUACGCAGUGAAAAGCUACAAGCUGGAUAAGAACCAACAUUUUUCACUCGAUGUUCAAAGCACCGGAGAAGAUGGUUUAUCUGCUGAGCUUGUGCUUGAGAAAGCUUUAGAUAGAGAGAAACAGCCAGUGCUGAAACUCAUCCUGACCGCUGUGGAUGGAGGAAUACCAGGGAGAUCUGGUACAUUACAGAUACAUGUAAAUGUAAUAGAUGUUAAUGAUAACACGCCGAUAUUCAGUAAAUCUCUUUAUAAAGUACGUGUUAAUGAAGACACAGAACCAGGGAAUGUAUUGAUCAAAUUAAAUGCCACUGAUUUAGACGAAGGCAUGAAUGGUAAGAUYGUGUAUUCUUUUCUAAGACGAGGUAAUUCGGACCUAACUAAAGUAUUCGAUAUAAAUUCRGAAACUGGAACAGUUACUUUGAAGAGUAGCRUUGAUUUUGAGAAAAYGCCUGCUUAUGAGCUGAGAGUGCAAGCAAAGGAUCAGGGAGCCUCCUCUCGUAGUGCGCAUGCUAAAUUACUAAUAGAGGUGAUCGAUAUUAAUGACAAUGCUCCAGAAAUAUUUGUGACAUCAUUAGUGACACCAAUAAGAGAGGACGCMAAAUUAGGAGCGAUAGUUGCUUUAAUAACAGUGGUUGAUAAAGAUGGCGGGAACAACGGUUUAACUAAAUGCAGCGUAGUUGGAUCUGUUCCUUUUAAGUUAAAGUCCAAUUACAAAAAUGACUAUUCGUUAAUAGUGGACGGACAGCUGGACAGAGAAAAUAUUUCUGCUCAUAAUAUCACCAUAAUAGCAACUGAUGAGGGAAGUCCGCCUUUGUCCAGUAUGAAAGUCGUUACAGUCAGUGUCGCUGAUGUAAAUGACAAUCCUCCUCGAUUUGUGGAGCCACAAGCCGCGUACAGGGCUUGUUAG